AUGGCAACCGCAACAUCCCAAGACUUCACAACCUACUACCUCCAACGCACAACCCAAGAAUUCGCAGAAGAUCUCGACAAAGUUCGCGCCGCCGACGACUUCAAGGCCGAGUCCCUCCCCUUUCUGAUCCACGCCCUGCAGCAGGGUACCGCGCUCUACUCCGCCCGGGACCAGGAGCGCGUCGUCAAGCCUGUCGCCGCCGCUGCCGUUGCUACUGUUGCCGCAGAUGAGGACGUAGAGAUGGUGGAGGCAGCCGAAGAGGAAACCGCCCCUAAAAAGGAAAAGAAGGAGAAAAAGUCCAAGAAGGAAAAGUCCAAGAAGAUGAAGUCGACUUCUGGUUGA